AAGAACUCAACAGAGAUGGAGGAGGAAUGUGUCCUGGAGCAGCAACUUCCAGCGGAGGUGAAAGAUGAAUUUGGGCGGAAGCGAAUUUUCGGCCAGCAAGGCACACUGCGCCUCAUCGAAUGUGUUCGCCAACGACCGAAACUGUGGCAUCGCCAGUAUCUGCGCAGUCGAGCGUCGGGCAUCGAUGAUUGGGAGGAAAUACAGCGGACGGAAUUCAGCACGAUCAGUGUGAAUCAGUUGCGCGUGCGCUGGAAAACACUGCGCGAUUGCUUCCGCCGGGAGGCUAAACGUAUAGAGGAUGGCACGAUCCCAGCAAUCCGCUGGCCACUGUACGACCACAUGCAGUUCCUGCACGGUCACUUUCGGCUGAAGAAGAGUAAAGCACGCAAAAACGGUGGAAAAACGGUAUGCCGGCCGGAACGUGUGUCUUCUCCGCUGCAAAACAAUCCCAAUGAGACUGAAGUCAAACAGUCGAUCAAGUUCGUACCGAUCGAGGAGGACAUCAAACACGACAUAGGUCCCUCUGAACGUUCGAUCGAUGAGCAGGACGUCAAGGAGGAGGAUGAUGCAUCAAUUGAUGACAGUGAGGUUACUUACAAGAAUAAGUUCCGGCCGCGUUCCAGCAAAUCCGCUUCGAGCACCUCGACCGGUGGCGGCUGGGUGAAGCCUGAUGCCGAAAAUCCGGACUGUCGUUUCCUGAUGAGCCUGACGCCAUUUUUGAACGAUAUGCCAGCGGAGGAAAAUUUAAAAAUUCGCAUCAAAAUGCUGCAACUGGUAGCGGCUGCGAACAGAAGCUCGGGCUCAGAGACGUUUAUUAGGAAGGAACGUUCCUAAGGUUUUGGAGCAAAGGUCAAGCGUAUUAGGAGGAGUGCAAUUCGAAACGUGGUAUGUGAUUUUGCUCGUACACUUAUAGAAAAUGAUUUGUAUUACUGCCGUUUAUGCAAGAUAAGUACAGGUAUAAUUGCAAAAUAUUAAUCAUAUUAACUAGUUGUACGAAAUUGGAUUACAAAUCUGUAGACAGGGGUGAAGUAGGACGGGAUAGUUGACUUGAGUACAACAUCCAGCAAUGGAAGAGGAUGAAAGGGUAUAUCAGAACGGUGCAAUUUAACAUCCCAUCUCACAUUGUAGACUAAUUGAUAAACGAAUAUUCUAAUACAUACUUGCAGGGCUUGUUAACGACCAAUCUUUAGCAAAAUAGACCAUUUAACUGGCGACUGAACGUA